AUGACUGAAGAGAGCCGAGAGGCUCAACCGCAGCCACCGCAGCCACCGCAGCCGCAGCUUGCGCAGUUUGGGACCUUUGAACCUGGAGAGACGCCGACGCCGACGACGCCGACGCCUGCUGGGUCCCCUGGAGCUUUUGGCGCUGGCGCUCUCGCUCUUUCGCUGCCAGAAGGAGAUCCACCGCUGCCCGCCCCUGCCUACAGAUCCUACAGUCGUAGGAGUUCAGGAGAUGCAGCAUCUGGAUUGUCCCCCGCACGUGGAAGCUUUAGCGACGUCCUGGAGCAGAUUCAGGUGUUGCAAGAAAGAUUGCGGGAAAUCCACGAACAGGAGGUUCACGGUGUUCACGGCGUUCACGGUGACAGAUCCAGGCCCAAUCCAUCAGCCAAGACCUCAAAGCACAAGACUUCUUCCAGGCUCAGCAUCAAGGAGUCGCCACACAGGGUCGACUCCAAGAGCUCGCAGUUGUCGAGCGAUGCGGAGAGACCCCCGACUUCGCAGAAGGCAGAAAUGAUGAUGGCACAGAAGGCCUUCAGGACCACCACCGAUUUCGAAGAGACGAUGCGAAGCGCGGAAGUGCAGUUCUUCAUCGGGGUGGAAUGGGACAUCGAUGACACAGGCCUGCUUGACCUCCAGAAGAACCACUUAGCAGUGACAUCACCAAGAACAAAAACCCAUCAUACGGGAACCAUCAGCUCAGGCGUGGGGGGUAUAGCCAGGAGGUCCUCCUGGUUGCGCACGACUACAGAGAGACCACCUGAAGGAUGCGCAGUAAACCCGGAAUCGAAGAGGAGGAUCUUUUGGGAUUGCUUAGCGAUGGUGGCGCUGAUGAUUGAGGUUCUCACUGCACCUGUGCAGGUGUACAACAUCGAUGGGAGAUUCAGACGAGCAGCAGAUGUGCUGCAUUGGGUGACCACAGCCUAUUGGGUCCUUGACGUUCCUGCCUCCUUCCUCACAGUACAUCAACGACAUCCUACACUCACAGUUGCAUGUCGUAGCCAAGGUCUAUUUGAAGUCCUGGUUUUGUUUUGA